UUGGAGAAAUCGUGAGGUCUGGUCCGAAGAUGGGUAAGUCUGUGGUGCUCCGACGGAAGGAGCCAAAACGGAGGGAGGGAUUUGGUUGUCGGAAAACUCCGAAUUUCUGAGCCGAAUCUCUCUCUCCGUCUCUCCUCCACCUCUCCUCCUCCUCCUCCUUCUCCUUCUUCUGCUCUCUCUAUAGUCGGUGCGGCGAUGGCCGAGCUCUGCUUCAUGGCGUCGCAUGGUUAUCCUCCGGGGCUCGUUCUUAGUCAGGAACAGGGCGCGAGCCGAGUCAUCAAGGAUCUUCAGCCAUUUUUGCCUGGUGCUGGGACUAGACAAGACAUUAUAAGAUUGGGAUCCAUGACCCUCAGUCCUAAUCAAUUGAAGGAGGCAGUGGAACCCCUAAAUGGACUGUUUGCAGCGAAGCAGAUUGAUUCUGCGGAGAAAGAUCCCGUGAUUCUAGAUUUGCUAGAUGUUCACUCAGCUACUGUGCCCCUAGGCACUGGAAUGGCCAAACAAUCCACCAUGCAGAGAGAAGUAUUUGAGUUUAGCAUGUCUGGAUUGAGUUGUGCAGAAAAGGCUGGACUAGAUAUGUCUCUACGAUCUGAUUUAACGGGUCUUCAAUCAGUGGAAACUGACAUGCAUCGCCUGCCCAUCAUUCCUUCUCUCGUCUACCCUAACUUUCAAUUUUCCACUCAGAACACUCUCUCAGAUUUCAUGGGAGAUUUGGUUCGAAAUUCAAAAAUAACCAUUGACUCCGAUGGUAGAGUCUUGAUCGCUGAUAGUGGGACUGAGAUGAAGGAUCUCCUCUCAAUUGUAGCGGAGUUUUACCUAUCAAGGAACUUAACUCAAGGGAGAAAGCUUUCGAUGCCAGUUCCUUACUUCAGUAGAAAAAUCUUUGAGAAACCAAGGACCAACAUCCAUGGGUCUUCCUUGAAGCUUGAAGCUAAUGCAGUUGCUCCUGUAAAAAGUCCUGAAAAGAACAAGCUCAAGCAAUUAUCAAGGAAAAAGAGCAGCAGAAAAGUGAGUAGAGAGAGAGAUCUGUUCAAAAGAAAUUACUUCCAUGCGUGCGAAAGCCUGCUAUCCAUCCUGGUGGACAAGAGACGGCAGGGGAAAACUGCAGUUCUUUCACUCAAGAAAGCUGGACCGGAACUUCCUGAGCUCCUGAACCAGUUCUCUGCAGGCAUUGCUGGUACGGGCAUUGCUGUUCUCUUUUCUAUUAUCUGUAAGGUGGCCUGUGGACGUGUUCCUUUAUGUGCAUCCAAACUCCUAAGCACCGGGUUUGGGUUUGGAUUGGUUUGGUUGUCCUGUUCGGUGAAUAGACUGAGGGACACGGUUGUUUACAUCGGCAAAAAUACUGGAAAAUUGAGCUCGAAUGAAGAUGAGAUGGUGAAGAAAGUAGAUAAAAGUGUGCAUGAGAUUUACUUCAGGGCUGCCACUCUAAUGGCUGUGGCUAUGCUGAGGUUUGUGUGAGCAAUGGGUUUAUCACUUCCAUGGAGGGAGGGUGGUUUGAGAGCAUCUGGGAUGCAGUCAAAAGUUGUGAUUAGUGAUCGAACCUGUAAAUGGUGUAAUUAUCUUGGGUAACCAAUACCAUAAGUCUGUCUGGAGGGAAGGAAUUUUGCUGAAUUCUAAGUGAUUGGGCUCAAGUGAUUACAUGGUAGAAAAUCCAAAGCAGUCAGUUCCAACAUGAUCUUGAGCUCGUCGUAAAAUGGUGUCGUAACCAAGAUGUCAUAAAUUAGCUUGUGCAUUAGCCAAGCUGAGUUUUGCAUGGCUAGAUACUUUGUGUUUAAUAUAGUUCUCUGUAUGGUAAUCUUUUCAUUUGAUACCAGAGUAUAUUGGAUUUUGUGAUUUUCUAAUCUAAUUCCAUCUUGAUCUGC